GUACCUGCGUACGGUCUCAACAUGCUGUGUGGGUUAUGGCCUGAAGUCAGUGGUCCUGGGCGUGCAGGCUAUUCAGUGCGGAGAUGCGACCAUAGUAGUGGCGGGGGGGAUGGAGAACAUGAGCCAAACUGUACACUGUCUGUCUCUGCGCACAGGCACACGCCUGGGCGAUGGUAAGCUAGUGGAUACGAUGCUAAAGGACGGGCUGACCGACGCGUUUAAUGACUGUCAUAUGGGCAUCACAGCUGAGAACGUCGCCGAGAGGUUUGGGGUUACGCGCAGCGAGCAG